AUGAGCAGCGGCAGGCGCAUCCGGCCCGAGCGGUCUGCGGGCGCCCAGCGGCGCAACGUGCAGAAGCUCACCUGGCGAGACUCGCACUGGCUCCAGGGCUUCUCCGACGUCGGCGACCAGCGCGGGGGCCCGUCGGCCAGCCUGAGCGACAUGGGCGUCGGCGCGGCGCUGCGCCGCGUGCUCCUGCUCUGCGAGCGGCAACAGCACCGCGAAGCUGCCGCGCUGAUCUCGCACCUCGCGCCGGCCGUCUUCCGCGCGCUGGUGGCCGAGCUGCCGGUCGAGGCGCUGCUCGAGCAACUGCCCGCGUCUCUGCCGCCUCUCGAGGCCCUGUACGCGCGCGCCGCCUUCCUCGAGGAGCCCGCCACCGCGCUGCAGGCGCUCAAGCCCGACGCCCUGGUGCUCCACAUGGUGCGCCUGUUCGCGCAGCAGCACGACGCCGACCGCGACGGAGCAACGCAGUGGCUCGGACCGCCCCAGAUGAUCACCUCGUGCAAGAAGCUGCUCAAGGUAAUUCUGCAAGCGGACCCGCGCGUGCGGCAGCAGCUCCGCGGGCGCAAGCAGUCUCUGGACCGUGCGCUCGAGGGUCUUGGUCAGCACGGCCUCGUGACCGCGGCCGGAGGCAGCGCUGAGGCCGCGGGCGAGGCGCCGCUGCUCCAUUUGGGCGAGGCGCUGCGCGGGCAGCUGGAGUCGCUGCUGUCGCGCUGCAAGACCGGUGCCCUGAGGCUGUCGGCGGGGCCCGAGGCGGCCCGCGUGUCGCUCAGCCGCGGCCCUGCGCCCAGCACGGCGUCGCACCAGCGCCAGCUCAGCCUGCGCCGGGUGCAGGUCCAGGAGCGACUCAUCCGCAACAAGACGCUGUUGGACGCCCUCGAACCGGCCGAGCAGGCUGCUAGGGGGCUCGAGUCACUGCUGGCCGUGCUCCGGAGGAGAAUACAGCUCGACAAGGACGCCCUCUGCCAGUUCACGCAGCUGCGCAAGGAGAUCGCCGAGGAGCUGGACGAGGCGGCCGUGUUGGCUCCCGUGCUGCUGCGCUACUCUGCCGGCUGCCAGCGGGUGCUCGAGCUGAUGCGCGACGUGGCCGACGACGAAGACGACUCGGACCUCUCGGCCGGAUACCACUCGGACUCGGACCAGUCCGGCGUGCCCAUGCAGCGAGCGGCGGGGGGACAGGGUUGCAAGGCCCUUUCUUCCAACUUCAGUUCGAACGCGAGCGUGAUAGGGGCCGACGUCCAGUCGACACUGUCGUCGUCCGAGAGCGGGGCGGCCGAGGAACUUGCCGCGGCCCGCCAGACCAUUGCGACGCUCCAGCAGCGGCAGCGCGAGCUCCAGGACCGGCUGGCGAUCCAGGCGCAGAGGAUGGUGGCGCGCGGGGGACGCUUCGAAAACACGGCGCAGGGCGAGCAGAGGCCCUCGGCGCUGGUGCGACGCUACGGCAGCCUGUACGCGCAGGCGCGCGUCGACACGCUCGACGCUCUCGACGCUAUCCCUCAGCUGCGGGACGCCGACGAGCUCAAGAGCAAGCUACUCUUCUCCGUUGUCGUGCUGGGCUUCCGGUCCGUGCAAAACAGCGUGAACGAAAUGAAGGCCCAAGUGCGGCGCGCUCUGCAGAUCCCUGCGCAGCUGAGCAACGACCCACGAGUGCUCGAGCUCGAUGCCAGCGUGGACGACUACCUGCGCGCCAACCCGGACGCGUGCGACGUGUCCCGGAAUGUCGAGGAAGUGUGUGCGCAGAUCUGGGCCACGCUGUACGACUACCCCUGCCUGAAGGGCUGCGCGGGAUUGACUCGAUACGUGCGCGACUGCGUGCGGCUCGCCUGGGCGCUCAGCGUCCACGGGUUCGCGCUCGAGUUCGAGACGCGCGCCUUUUACCGGGAGCUGCACGUGCGCUUCCACACGUCCGACCACCGGUCGGAGCGCAUUCGCACCUACCUCUGGCCGGCGCUGCUUCAAGCGCCGCGGGGUCCCUGCGUCCACAAGGCCGUCGUCAUCACCUGAACGGGUCCUUUCGGCCACACGUUCGCCGUGCCGCAAGAGAAAAGGCGUCCCCCGGCGCCGAGCUUUGCACCACCGUCACAAGUGCAACAUGCUCAUGGUGUGAGACCACACGGGCCCUUGCUGGCACCAUCUGUAUAAGUGCUCCCUGCUUCACCAGUGGACCGGAGAAAACUCACCACGGGCGCCCUCAAAGCUUUAGCCUGUACUACAGGAGGAACUUUUGUGCAGAAUGUAUGGUCGAGCGUGCGUGUGUAGGAGUGCUACGGGAAGUGCAAUAAUUUCCCGCUUGGUUGUACGGUCCACCAAAUAGUGAGCGAAAAUGAGGUUCACACAUCGGUUGCUGCUAGCGUAUCUGAAAAAAAAAAAUCUGCCCAUGUCGACUACCUUUUAACAAAGCUGUUCUAACAUUUUCUUCAAAGCUUACUGGUGUGCUAGUUGUUCACUUCAGUAAAUGUCAUUGGGUGGUAGGAGCAGAGCUCAUCUGCUGCGGGAACGUCGCGCACAUUGUGCAAACCUCGGACAAGCAACCCAACUCCCUCCAGGCAGCAUUCGCGUCGGUGCACGCCGUAACUAGCCUACACGAGUUGGUUGCCUUUCAAAGUGACCACUAGAACGCGCACUUCUCUCUGUAUGAUACAUUGGCUCGUAUAGGACUUCGGUUUCAACGGAAUUGUAGUUAACUGUUGCAGCCGUGAAUUGUCCUGUUAGUCAAUGGCUAGACACGCUUAGAGCCCUGCCAGCUGAUUGCGCGCUCACGCCUCGGCACCAUGAACGCUUUACAGUUGCGAAGAGAUUUAUGUACGGACCACGGGCUGAAUUCACAAAGCUUUUCGGUCGUAAGUAUUUUUUGCCAUUGGCCGGCCGCCUUGGCUAAUAUGUCCAGCGUCCGGAUUGGCUGAUAUUUUCUCUUACGAACAACUCUAGCGUAAGAGCUUUUCGUGAAUACGGGCCCACAUGAUUCCAAUGACAUUAGUAUAAUGAGUGGUCACGAAUCAGUAUAUACUAACGGUGUUCAAUUCAACACUGCUUCUCCACGAGUAUUCCCCUGUGAUGAGAAUGCACGCGGAGAACAAGAAUUAUUACAAAGAAAAAAAAACCCUGUAGGCAUACCAGUAUUAGGAUAUACGUAAACUUGUGAGGCACGGUUAUAAACUAUGCAAUGUCCGUCUAUUCUGGCGUAAGAGGACAGAAGGCCGUUACCUCAGUAGGCGAUGUAUUUCGGCUGACGUGUUUUGAGGCCUGGAGUCAAGCCAACUGCGAUGUCGAGGAAGACAAAAACUUUAUUAAAUAACCAAUCUUUGCUUCGAGCCAUCUAUGUUUGUGGGGGUGGGAUCGAAGCAAUCCUAACACGUUAGACUUGACGAAAUUUCUCUUAGGCUGUCUGGCUGCAUGUAUGCAUUCAUAGUGACGUAGUCGUGUUUUAAAUCAUCCAAACUUCUAUCACGUUAAUUAUAAGAGCUAUAAGGAUCAUUCUUGACGAUUGAGAAGUCACUGAAGGAAACCGCUGCGCUAUUAAGCGCGGAAGCAAACCGAGUCUCCCUGUCUGCGAUGGUGUUCACAUCGUUUGACGAAAGCGGAGGAGCUCGACGAAAUCAAGCGGCGUCGCACGAUGUCUUAAACAAAUCACACCAUAACCUAGCUUUAGGACGCUGUUAUUAAUUUUCUGGUUUUUAACCUGUUCAGCUGUCCUAACACACUCGACAUUUCGAAGAAACAUAAAGCAUGAAGUGCACGUGUUGUAUAAGCGACGUGCCAAUCUAUAGUGAGUGUUCACUAGUGUUCAUUAAGUUCAUUGAACGAGAUUAUUAUUUUUUUAUUGACUGUACAUAUAUUACUCAGAAACUGUUUUCCUUUUUUGUCAGCAGGCUCACUGUUCCUCUAGACGUCGUGGAAAUUCCAUCCACGUUUAGUUUUUGGCUAACGUACAAGUUGUGCAAAAAAGUCUAUCCUUCUCAGAAACGCAUGUGCUAUCGCUCGGCGCACGAGCCUAUAAAGCAUUCGCGACAGGCUUAUUUUUGGUUUAAGUGCUUUGAAUUGGCCUCUCUCUUGGGCAAAAACGAGAGUAUAGACACUGUGCGGUGUAAAGAAAAUUCAGCCCCAAAGACAGCAACGCCCUUGUUGGAACGUUGCUGCAAUCGAGCAGGUAUACAUCUAGGCAUUUCCAAGAGUGAUUGUGUAACCCGUAUAAGUGCCUACAGUGUGGAGACCUAUUCGCCCAAGACAUGCGCACUCUAAUUAUAAAAGGAAAUGCGUCGGUGUUUUCCACGAGUGCCAUAGGAAUCUUGAUAAACGGCAACCAGCCUGCACGUCAGAAAUGAGUCCUGCCUUUUGGAGGCCCCCGCACAUGCAUUUCUGUGAAACAUAUUUAUUCUCGCCAUACUGGAUGAAUCUUUGUGCCAAACUGUUCAAUAAAACACUCUGUAUACGUCUGCAACGGCUUCUCCUUCUUAACAAGCCCGACGCACUUGGCUAUCACGUCUCUAAAAGUGGCGCGCAGCCGCUAUCUCUCUUAUCGGGGACCUAGGACGCGGACACCGGCUGCCCCCACUUUCACUGACAUUCGGCGCAGAAUUGUAUGCUAACACUACAAUAAUUUUCCGUUAUUUAAAGAUAAAACAGAAAAAAAAAACGCGCUGCCUCCUGAGCCAACUGUUCCCGUUUCCUACCAAAUUCUAUCGAGCACUAUCAGCGUAGCAUCGUCGCACUCUCACUGGCGCCCUCUCGAGUGCGAGCCGCUAUCGCUCGAUAAGGACAGACGCGCCCCUGCGGGCAGCUUCCCGGCGGCAGCCUUUCGCAACAUCAAAAGAAAAAUAAGCUUUCAAAAACAUUUUAUCCAGAUUCACAGUUAUGGACAGACAUAUUACCCUCUUACUUUGAGAACUGCCUGUUAAGUGUCGGUACGUCGACGAUCUCGAAUGAUGGGAUUUUACUUCAGUCCGAGACCGGAGCGACCCUGGAUCU